UCAAGCGGCUCUCGGCUACCUCAUCUCAGCUUGAUGAUGAUCGCUGCCGUGUUUCUGGUCCUCCUCAGGCCGCUCUCUGUUCAGUGCGCGCUUUUGUUGCUGUUACUGUUACUCGGGACCGUUGCCACUAUCGUGUUUUUUUGUAGCUGGCAACGCUACGUCGCUCGCGGGAAGCAGCCCAUCAGAUCAGCGCUCUCAGGGCGCUCCAAGUGUCGCGUGGGCCUCCGAACGCAUCAUUUUCGAUCAGAGGGCUUCAGACACAGUCCACGCCACUCCAGGAGAAGCUCACAUGCUCGAGUGACGGAGGAAAAGUCCAAUUUGGUGGAGGUCCCAGGCAAUGAGUUGGAUUCUUCAUCAAUUCUCAGGAAACGCAAAGUGAAGAAGCGAGUCCUGCCGGAGUUUUAUCAGUCUGUGCAAGUCACUCCGACACGCAAAACUAGCUCCUGUUCGGGGAACCCUUCCCUCCACUGCUCCAUGUCUUCCUCUGCGGAUUUAUCCGAGGAUGAAGAAUAUAGUGUCAAAUCUGGAUCGGCAUCGCCGGCGCCUGGCGACACUUUGCCAUGGAACCUGCCCAGACACGAGAGGUCCAAGAGGAAGAUCCAGGGAGGCUCCGUUCUGGAUCCGGCCGAGAGAGCGGUACUCAGAAUCGCAGAUGAAAGGGACAGAGUGCAAAAGAAGACAUUCACAAAAUGGAUCAACCAGCAUUUGAUGAAGGUACGGAAACAUAUAAAUGACCUGUAUGAAGACUUGAGAGAUGGACAUAACUUGAUCUCACUGCUUGAGGUCUUGUCUGGAGACAAACUGCCCCGAGAGAGAGGAAGGAUGCGUUUCCACAGGCUCCAGAAUGUACAAAUAGCACUUGAUUAUUUAAAGAGACGACAGGUCAAACUUGUAAAUAUCAGAAAUGAUGACAUCACAGACGGCAAUCCCAAACUGACUUUGGGAUUGAUCUGGACCAUAAUACUGCACUUUCAGGUCAGUGUGAUCAUCGUCACAAUGGAUUCCGCUGAUAUGACGGCCAAAGAGAGGCUGCUGCUCUGGUCCAAGCAGAUAACAGACGGCUACGUCGGCGUUAGAUGUGACAAUUUUACGACGUCCUGGAGGGAUGGGAGGCUCUUUAAUGCCAUCAUACAUAAAUACAGACCCGACUUAGUUGACAUGAGCCGGGUGUCCACGCAGACCAACCGAUCCAAUUUAGAGGCCGCGUUCGGUGUGGCUGAACAACUCGGGGUGGCCAGAUUACUCGACCCAGAAGAUGUCGAUGUUCAGUCUCCUGAUGAAAAGUCAGUCAUCACAUACGUCUCGACACUGUACGAUGCCUUCCCUCGAGUACCUGAGGGUGGAGAAGGAAUUAGCCCCAAUGACAUUGACAUCAAAUGGGUGGAGUACCAGAACAUGAUCAAAUACCUCAGUCAGUGGAUCAAACAUAAUGUGGCCGUAAUGUCCGAUAGAUCAUUCCCCAACAAUCCUGCUGAACUUAAGGCACUUUACACACAAUACCUGCAAUUCAAAGAACAUGAGAUCCCACUGAAGGAAAACGAGAAGACAAAAAUCAAAGAUUUUUACAAAAUGCUUGAGGUGUGGAUCGAAUUUGGACGGAUACAUUUACCGCCCGGUCAUCACCCAAAUGAUGUGGAAAAAGAGUGGGGCAAAUUGAUUGUUGCCAUGCUGGAAAGAGAAAAGAGCCUGAGGCCUGAGGUCGAAAGGCUUGAGACACUGCAGCAGGUUGCCAGCAGGGUUCAGCGAGACUGUGUUCAUGGCGAGGACAAGUUGGCGCUGGCAAGACAUUCCCUGCAAUCUGAUGUUAAACGCCUCCAAUCCGGCAUCCAAUUCCUAAAUGAAGCCGAGAUCGCCAGCUACCUUUUGGAGUGCGAGAGCAUCCUGAGACAACAAGUCGUGGAUAUCCAAGUUCUUCUCGAUGGGAAAUUUCCAUUCACGGAUCAACUAGUUCGAAGGGUAUCGAACCUACGAGAUGAUCUUCUAUCCCUGAGAGCUCAGUAUGCCUCUUUGUACAGCAAAGGCCGCACCUUAACCACAGAGCAGACCAAAAGGAUGAUCUCAGGCAUUACACAGAGCCUGAAUUCUGGUUUUUCCCAGAACAUCAGCCUAAUGCCAGCCGAGCGAGGGUUCGAUACCUCCACGUUCACCUCGAGCCUUACGUCGUCCUUGACCCCUGGGCUGCAGUCUGCUUCAGAGCAAACCUACAUGAGCAGUGCUGGCAGUAUGGAGUCGGGCGACCUCGGGCAAAUGACACACGUGCACAUCCCCAAGCCCUUAAUGAAAUCCUCACUGGUCGACCCCAGCUUGACGGAAGAAGAGGUGAACAUGAAAUACAUCGAUGACCUGUUGAACUGGGUGGAGGACAUGCAGUUGCAGUUGGAUCGCUCGGAGUGGGGAUCUGACAUGCCAAGCGUGGCCGCGCAUAUCGAUAACCACAAAGCCGUACACAGAGCUAUCGAAGAAUUUCAAAUGAGUCUGAAAGAGGCCAAACUGAGUGAGAGUCAGAUGAAUCUACCCUUGAAACUCACCUACUCUGAAAAAUUAAGCAGUCUCGAGAAGCAAUAUGACAAACUAGUGAGGUGUUCAAAGGAGCGACAAAGCCACCUCGAGAGCCUGCACGACUUUGUGUCGCAGGCAACACGUGAGCUCAUCUGGCUCAAUGAGAAGGAGGAAGAGGAGGUCGCGUUUGACUGGAGCGAUCGCAACAGCAACGUAUCCAAGAAAAGAGACUACCAUGCUGAUCUGAUGAAGGAGCUUGAUGAAAAGGACGAAGUGAUCAAGUCUGUGCAAGACUUCGCAGAGCGUCUUCUUUUUAAGAGUCACCCAGCUAGGUUAUCUAUUGAAGCAUACAAAGCUGCCAUGCAAACGCAAUGGAGUUGGAUCCUGCAGUUGUGCUCGUGUGUGGAACAGCAUCUAAAGGAGAACGCUAUUUAUUUUGAGUUUUUCAGCGAUGCCAAAGAAUCCAUGGACUUCCUGAGGAAUUUGCAAGACGCCAUUCAGAGAAAGUACAGCUGCGACCGGAACAGCAGCUUGCACAGACUGGAGGAUCUCAUUCAGGAAUCCAUGGAAGAGAAAGAGCAGCUUCUUCAAUACCGCAACACUGUAGCCGGGCUGAUGGGUCGGGCCAAGAACAUUGUGCAACUCAAGCCCAGGAACCCUGACAGCACUCUUCGAUCUUCCAUCCCCGUCAAAGCCAUCUGUGAUUAUCGACAGAUUGAGAUAACCAUUUAUAAAGAUGAUGAGUGCGUGCUAGCCAACAACGCUCAUCGGGCCAAGUGGAAAGUCAUCAACCCUGCAGGCAAUGAGGCCAUGGUGCCUUCUGUCUGUUUCACCGUGCCCCCGCCCAACAAAGAGGCUGUGGAUAUGGCUUUAAAAACGGAAGAGUUAUACCAGAAUGUCCUUUCACUUUGGCAUCGCUCCCACAUCAACAUGAAGAGCGUGGUGUCUUGGCAUUGUCUCAUGACCGAUAUACGCGCCGUCCGUCACUGGAAUGUAGCCACUUUUAAAACAAUGCUACCAGGUGAGCAUCAGCAAGUUUUGAGCAACCUUCAGUCUCAUUUUGAUGAGUUCCUGGAAGACUGUGAAGAAUCGGAGGUGUUCACCGUGGCGGACUGUGCCCAGCUGGAGAGAGACGUUGCAGGCUGCAAAGAAUACUACCAAGAACUCCUCAAAUCCGCAGAGAGAGAGGAACAUGAGGAGUCUUUGUACAAUCAUUACAUCUCGGAAAUACGCAACUUGAGGAUGCAUCUGGAGGCCCGCGAAGAGCAACUGAUCCGGCAAAUCCGCACACCUGUGGACAGAGACGACGUGUAUCCGAGUCUGCAGCGCAUCACUGAUCAGGAAAAGAAGAUGGAAGAGCUGAAUAAAUGUAAGGAAGACCUGGAUAACUUGAAGGAGAAGUGUGAGGUGUUCCUCCGACAAGCUGUUGGCUUUCCAUCGGCACCGACUCUCUCCUCCGAACUCAGCAUCGUGGUUCAGAGCAUGAGCGACGUGCACUCCAUGUCUUCUAUUUAUAUGGACAAAUUGAAGACUGUGAGUUUGGUGGUGAAGCAUAGCCAGAGUGCAGAGGCGUUGGUGAAGGCCUACGAAUCCAAACUCUAUGAGGAAGAUGCGAUCAACUCUGACCUUCACUCGAUUGAAACAGUCAUUUCCAUACUCAAGCAAUGGCGGACAGAGAUUGAUGAAAAGCAGGAAGUGUUCCACAAUAUGGAGGAUGAACUGCACAAAGCCCGACUCAUCAGUGAUCGCAUGUUUAAGGCCCAUAACGAGCGUGACUUUGACCUGGACUGGCACAAGGAGAAAGCCGAUCAACUGAAUGAGAGAUGGCGCAACAUUCAUUCCCAAAUAGAUAACAGGCUGAGGGAUCUGGAUGGUAACAGCAAAUGCCUGAAGCUUUACAAAGACUCCUACAGUAGUCUUGAUGAAUGGGUUCAAGAAGUUGAGGAAGAACAGAUCAAGGCCCAAGAAAAUAAACCAGAAGAUAGCAAGGCUCUCGCUGAACUGUUGAACAAACAGAAGGUUCUUGUUGCUGAAAUUGAACAAAAGCAGAACCAGAUUGAUGAAUGUCAGAAGUACUCCGAACAGUGCUCAUCUGCCAUAAAGGAUUAUGAGCUCCAGCUGAUGACCUUCAGAGCAAUGGUUGAUUCCCAACACAAAUCUCCCCUCAAGAAACGCAAGAUGCAAAGCUCUUCAGAUGCCAUCCAGCAGGAGUUUAUGGAUCUUCGCACCCGCUACACGGCUCUUGUGACCCUCAUGACACAGUAUGUGAAGUUUGCAAGUGAAACCCUGAAGAGAGCAGAAGACGAGGAGAGAUCGGUGGAUGAAGAGAAGCGAGAGCAUGGUGAUAAAGUUAGCAAACUAUUAGCUUGGAUGUCUAAUGUGAAACAGAAAUCGAGCAAUGAGGGAAACACUUUGAAAGAUAGUAAUGCCAACACAGAUGCUUCAAAUAACUCCCAGGUCUCCGUAGAGGAAAUGGUUACUAAGAAAGAGCAGAUUUCAGAAGCGAUGAGGGCCACAGAAAUGAUGCUGAACAAACACAGUGAAAAGAUGUCAGAAGAGGAGAGAGAAAAAGUCCAGGAGCAGUUGAAGGACCUCAGCCAGGCUUACAGUGACAUUUCUCAGCAUUGUUCUGAUCAGCCCACACAUGGAGAUGAGGAUGUGAAAUCCACCAUUAGAAUUGACUCUGUUUGGACCCAGGCAAUGGACGGCCUGAAUAAUGACAUUAUUGGCCUCCUCCUUCCGACCCCCGACCUCUCUCAGUCAUGGCCUCAUCUGUCCUGGGAUGAUAUUCACGAACAAGAUGCUCCUCACAAAUCAAUUGGGAAUCAUAUUCAGGAGUUAAACAGGGAGAACAAGUGCAUAAAGGAUUCAGAUGUGACCUCUGUGUCCAUCGGUGACAUCGUAGCGGCAGCGAGGGACGCAUCCACGUUGGAUGACAUUGUCGUGAAGAUGAUAGAGGUCAAGCAAGUCAGUGAUGGACUGAACGUAUCCUACUCAGGAGAUACAGUGAGCCUUAAGACGGCAUUUCAAGAAGGCUUGAUUCCCGCUUCUGUCUACAUUAACAUUCUUCAAAGGCAUAAGACCUGCCAGGAAAUGAUGCAUGACCAUUCUACUGCAAAUGAGUCGCAUUUAGAAGCGAUGCACAUCAAUAGGCUCAUAUGGGAGUGCAUAAGUGGGAAUAAAUUGCACACACCUGAAAGAGCUGUUCACACUAUAACAUUUGUCCAUGAUGGAAACAGAAUAUUAACGCUGAAUCCCACUGAGGUUAAUGUUGCUGGCCCAACAGAAAAGCAGGAUUCAAGUGUAACAGAAGGAGUUAAUUCAUCCUCUGGCAAUUUACACCAUGGGGACGGACUAAUGGUGGAUGCAGAGGUUCAGUGUGAUUUGAUGAGUUGUAGCAGUAUGCUCAUCGUACUUGGGAACAGUCAUCAGUUCAUAGGCCUCGUGUUGCCUCGGCCGAAUGAAUCCCAAUUUACUGCCUCUUCGUCAGAGUACUAUGAGCAUCGCAUCACUGAUGUGCGUGGCAGCAGGCUGCUCAGCUGUGGAGAGAAAUUAACAGCUUUUUACAUUCCAGAAGAUUCUAAGCUCGUGGAUAUCAAUUGUGCCAUACAAAACGGUUACAUUGACGUUUACACGGCAGACAUCUUAAAGUCCAUCGAAAUCCCCGUUGAGUUUCUUGAUCUUGAUCAACUUAAUGAGAAGUUUUCAUCCUGGCUGAUGUAUAGAAAACUCAGAGUAGAUGGAUUGAGCCACGCUGGAGAUGUGUUUACUCCUACAGAGACAAAGGAGCUCUUUAUAUCCUUCCUGAUGAUAAACAGUUACAUUGAUCGGAAGUCGCAACAACGGGUUUUAAUACUCGACAAGCAGUUAAUGAAAAUAAUCCAUUUUUUUCUUGAAGAUUCUGUAUUUGAUGACACCGCCCAACACAAUGUGGUGCCUUUGACUGUCAAUGCUGAAGAUAUUUCAGAGCAGAUGGACUUCAAGGUGCCAUUCAUAAGUGAGAAAGCAGAGGAGAUGGUGGUUAACACAAAGAAUUACAAAAUGAGUCCUCAUCAUUCUGUACCCCAAUUCGAUGGGGUACUUGAGAACAACAUGUAUGCAAAUGAUGAUCUAAAAAUUGAUUAUGUGGAUGGAAUCACAGAAGCUGUUGUGUUCUCCCAAGGCACAACAGACUACAAAACACUUGACGCUAGUUUAUACAUUGCGGAUAGUGAUGAUUCACAAUUUGAAGAAAAUAGUAUUUUCGAUGAAGAAAAGGGCAUUUUGAAUGACACACCUGUCUCUGAGCUGCUGGGAACAACUGAAGAGACCGUUUUGGACCUGUUUGCAAACCAAGAUAUAAAAGAGGAAAACACCAUGUUGCCUAGUCCAUCCCUCUUUGAUAUAGACACUGGAAUAUCAGAAGGAAAGUGCAACCAGCCUAACCCAGAUGACAAUCUUGAGUCUAUAAAUGUGAACAAAGCCAAAGAAACACACAAUUCAUCCAAGAGGAAGUCUUCUCCCCUGAUAGAGGAUGAUAAUCAAGUUUUAGUAUUAGAUGAUGAGGCAGGAGGAAAUGUAACAGAGAUAAGUGAUCUUCAUCAUUCCCUUUCCUUACUUUGCGGUCAUGAGCCUCUGGCGAUGUCACCCAUCUUUUGGGAGGAGAUUUCUCCCGAAUGGGUCCUUCAAUUGGAAGAAUCAGCUUCACUCUCCGAUGUCACCAACUCACUGAAUGGAGUCAAUAACUUGCUGGCUGACAAGCAGGAUGAGGACUGUGAAACGGCUGCGUCAUCCGGCCCACUCAUUCCAUGCAGCCGUAUCGCUCAAGAAAGUCACAGCGAGUCAUCUACUGGUGCUAAUCUAUGUGACAAAGUUAACUCAAUGCUCAGUGAGAAUGAGUUCUAUAAAGCUGGAAAUGUGACAAAAUGUGAAUUGGGAAAAUCUGCACUUUGGGUUGCCGCUGUUGUCGGAGCUGAGAUAGGUUCUUCAUCACCUGGAGAUGCAGGCAAUGGUUUAGCUGUACAAGGCGAUCCUGUCAAAAAAGAUGGGGACAGACUCCGGCAGGUCUUUCUUCCUUCAGAGAGUGGUUAUGCUCUUGAACCCGAACCCGGCAACUCUGAUCUCCUCAGUGAAAGAGUUUCGCAACAGUUCAAUGCAUCAUCUGUUCGAUCUGUUGUAUGUGAUACAUGUACACCCAAAAAUCAUUAUAAUGAUGCAAGGUGUAAUAUAGAGGUUGAAUGUUGUUUGCCAGCGUCGGCCAGUGAUCAUCUGGAACAAACACGGACUGGUUUGAGGUGCAGUGCAGUACACCCAGAAGAAAGCCAGCUAAUCAAAACAACCGAUUCUCAGGAGAACUAUCAGUCAUCAUGUGAGGAGUGGGUGGGUGAAACAAGUCAACAGAAUAUAAAUAUGGUUCAAUCAUUUUCAAGCCCACCCCCUUCACCAGACUCCACCCAAAAAAAUGUGAUUGGAGUGAAACACAAAGGCCAUAUACUUUCAGAUCAAAAUGUGCUGGAUGUAGACAGAAAUCCUCAAGUAGUGACCAAUAUUUUGUCACUAAGCAAUGCACUGAUUUCAAACUCUGAAAAACCUUUUGUCAAUCACCACGAGGACGUGAUGAAUAAAACUUGUAACGGAAAUGAUUGUGAAAGCGCCACCAAUACAAGUCAGUCUGAUACCCCAGCUACAAAUACUGAAGAGGACUUGGGCAUUCAAAUUAAGUCAUAUAUCCAAAGUAGCGAUGAAGACAAUGUUGAUGCUACAAUUGGAAACGUUGGAGUGGAGUCUGACAAGCUAACUAGAAGAGAUGAAGAGUCGUUUGAUGCCCGAACCGGAAAUGUUCAAGAGGAGUCUUAUAUCCCAAGCAGAUAUGAAGAGAAUGUUUGUGCCCCUUACGGAAAUGUUGAAAUGGAAUCUAACAACCUAACGAGAAGUGAUGAAGUGAGGUGUGAUGUGCCACCUCUAAAAGAUGAAGAGUACUCUUUUUCUCAAAAUAAAGAGUACCCUAGUGUGCCAGCUGGAGAUGAUGAAGAAUGGUCUUGGCACCCGCCUAAAAAACAGGACACUGAUGCUCCAACAGUGGAAUAUGAAGAAAACAUUGAUGCGCAAACAAAAAAAUAUAAAGAUGUGUCUAUGGGUCUGCCUGGAAAAGAUGAAAACGAGACUGUUGACUCGCUUAUAAAACAUGACGAUGGAUUUGAUACUGUAACUGGAAACACUGUAAAUGAGUGCAAUACCUUUACUAAAAUCGUUGGAAAAGGUUUUGUUGCCCCAGUAACAAAACUUGGAGAGGGGUCUCAUGACUCAACUGGAAAGGUUGAAGAGGAGAUUGAAAUACCAACCACAAAAGAUAAAAAAUAUUCUGAUGCUCCACCAGUCAAAGAUGAAGAGAGGUCUGAUGGCUUGGAUAAAAAAGUGAAGCAAGAAUUUAACACUUUAGUUGGGGAAAAUGGACACAUUUUGAACAAAACCGGACAACACCAAGAUGGAAAAGCUCAUAAAAUGCAGCCUUGUUUUCUGACUGUAAAACAUGAAGUAAGUGAAAAUGAUCAUGUACCAACCAGAAAAGAGGUUGGAGAAUCAAAGUCCACAACUGAGAGAAAUGAAGAGUCGUCUAAUUCUAAAACAGAAAAAGAUGACGAGAAGUUCACUAUUCUAGCUAUAAGAUUUGAAGAAGACCUCAGUACCCAGCAACAAAAAGAUGAACAGGGUUCUGAUGUCUCACUAAUGAAAGAUAAAAAUGGGUCAAAUGACCCAACUAGAAGAUUUCCCAGACACGACCCAUGUGGAAAAAAUGAAGGCAACUGUUUUCAUACAAUUAGGAAACAUGCAGAGGUGUCUGAUUCUCCAACGACAAGAGAUGAAGAUUGGUCCCAGGUCUCACUUAUCAAAAAUGAAUGUGGUUCUUGUACUCCACCUGUAAAAGAUGAAGAGUGGUCUUUUGCCCCACUUCUGAAAGAGGAAGAGGGAUCUGAUGCCUUGCUCAUAAAAGAUCAAGAAGGAUGUAAUGACACAAUUGGAAAGACCAACUCUGAUCACCGAACUAGAAGCGAUAAAGAAUACUGUGAUGGUUCAUCUCCGGAUGAAACAGAUGAGAUCGAAGAGUUUGAUGCUCUACCUGUGAACUAUAGAAAUGAGUCUGCCUCAAUAAUAAAAGAUGAAGAGGGAUCUAAUUGCACAACUGUAAAGGUUAAAGAAUCUGAUAGCCUAACUAAAAAAGGUAUAGCAGAUUUGCACACACAAACUGGAAAGGCAGAAGAGGAUUGUAAUGCUCCAACUGGAAACAGUCAGUCAUCUCCAUCAACUAGAAGAGUUAGAGACAACUCUGAUGCUCCAUCAGCAAAAGAUGAAAAGUGGUCUGAUGCCUCAAUAAUGAAAAAUGAAGUUUCUGAUACAAUGACUGAGAACAUUGAUACCCCGAUUAGCAGAGAUAAAAAAGAUUCUGAUGCCCCAUAUGGAAAGCAUGAAGAGAACAGUGUUGCUCCGACAAGAAAAUAUGAAAACGUGUCUGAUGCCUUACUGUCAAAAGAUAAACAGAGGUCUGAUGACUCAGGUGUAAAUGUUGAAUGGGAAAAGGAGUCUGAUCCCUUAACUAGAAGAGACAAAAAAGACUCUGGCGCACAUUCUGGAAACCAAAAAGACAACUCUGUUGCUCCAACACAAACAGAUCAAGAGAAGUCUGAUGCCCAACUCGUAUCUUGUAAAGAACAACCAAAAAGCCCACCUGUAAAAGACCGGUGUGAAGCCACAACUAGAAAAGAUGAGGAAGGGUCUCAUACCUCAAGUGGAAACAUUUCCAAGGAAUCCUGUACCCUAAAUAAAAGAGAAAGGGACUCUGAAGUACCAUCUUCAAAAGAUGAAGAGGAUUGCAUAGCUCAAAACAGAACACAUAAAGAAGAUUCCGAUGAAGUUGUGUCCGAUAACCCACACCGUAAAGAUCACGAGAACUAUUUGACACAAUCUGGAAAAGAUCAAGUGGAGUCCGAUGUCUUACCUGUGAAAUGGAUUGAAAAGGAUUCUGAGGCCUCGCUUGAAGCGGAGUAUCGUGACACAACAAGAAGAGUUCAAAAGUGCGAUACCCAAACUGCAAAAGUGUGUUCUCAUACCGUAUUUAGAAAAUCUAACAAUGAUUAUGAUGCUCAAAGUAUAAAAGAUGAUGAAGAGUCUAAUGCCUCAACUGGAAUACAAAAACAGGGGUCUGAAGUGUCAUUUUUAAAAGAUGAUGAAGCAUCUGAAAUGCUACCUGAAAGCAUUGAAAAGGAGUACAGCACCCUGACUAGAAAAAAUGAACUUGACUCUGAAAAAGAUGAAGAAGGCUCUGCUACCCCACUUGGAAAAGAUCAAGAGGAUUCUAUUACUCCAACAGAAGAGAAAAAUGAGUCUGCAGGUAAAACGCUCAUAAAAUAUGAAAAGGAAUCUGACGCCUCAAUCAUAAAAGACAUAAUAGAGUAUACUAACAAAACUCAAGAUCAAGAGUGUGACAUCGUAACUGAAGGCCAUGAAUAUUGGUGUCAUACCCCAUCUAGAAAACAUAAGUCAAAUGUCUCACUUUCAAAGGAUGAAGAGGAGUCUGUAACAACAGCUGGAAGUAUCAAAACUCGGACCCCGACUACACAAAAUGAACAAGACUCUGAAAAUGCUGACGGCUCUGGUACCCCACCUGGAAACGAUCGAGGGAAUUAUUCUCCUCCAACCAGAGAAGGUGAAGUGGCGUCUGAUGUUGAUGUUAAAAAUGACUUUAAUACCCUGACUGGAAACAUUGAAGAAGUAUUCCAUAUUCCAACCAAAAGAGAUGAAGUAGACUCUCAUACCGCACCUGGAAAAGAUGAAGAGGGUUCUGAACAGUUGUCGAAUGCCUCACCAAUGAAGGAUGAGGAGAGUUCUCAUGACCUAACUGGAAAAGUUGUCGAGGAGUCCAAAACGCUGUCUCGAAGAAAUGAUAAUGCCUCUGAUGCACCACUUGGAAAAAAUAAAGAGGACUCUGAUGCAUCCCCUGAAAAAAAUGAUCACGUUUCUGAUGCACCACUUGGAAGAAAUAAAGAUGACUCUGAUGCUCCACAUGAAAAUGAUGAACAUGACUCUGAUGCACCACCCGAAAAAAUUGAACAAGGAUGUGAUACCUCCCAAAUAAAUAAUGAGGAGGAGUUGAAGACUCCAACUAGAAGAGAGGCAGACUCUGAUAUCUUACCUUCAAAAGAUGACGCAAUGUCUGAAUCCACAUUUGUAAAACAUGAGGUGAACUCUCCAACUGGAAAAAAUGGAAAGCAGUCUGAUAGUGAAGAUGUCACUUGCACACAGCCGGAAAAUGUUGAACCGAACCCAGAAUUCCCAACAGGAAAAGGGAACGAGGAAGCAAAUGCUUCAACUACACAACUGCAGCUUCUGGAGGUACUUAGAAAUGUUUCCUCAGGCCAAAACCUCUCAAUGGUCCAGGAAGUGAUGGAAAGGCACACUCUAGGGAGUGACACUCCCACCCUGGAAUGUAUCAAGGAGGAGAGCUCAGAGGAUGAAUUGUUGGCAGGACUGUCUCCUAAGCUCUCGGCCGAUAUCAUGGAGAUCAAGAAUCCGCUCUUCUCGACCCAGGAUUACCUCGAGUGUGUUGGGAGGCUCCAAGAUCACGCUGAUGUUUUAGAUGAUGUUAGAAAAGACCUUUUAAUUGGGGAACCAACUGGCAGCAACAUGGAGGAAUUACAGAUACAAAUAAAUGAAAUCCAGUCAUUGGAGUCCCAGGUUUCCUUCCUGGCUGGUGUUUUGACUGAAGAUUUGGAAAAAGCCAAACUGCUCUUAAAUGCUGCGAAUGAGAACAUUCCUACCCAAAUCCGUAAAGAUCUGUCUUCGACAUAUGUGGAAUUACAGCACAAUUUCACUGCAGUUUGCCACGAGUGUGCAGAAAGAACCCAGUCGUUGUUUCAAGCCAUGGAAGACAGGAAAGCACAUUUGGAAUCAACAUACCAAAAACAUCUUGCUGAUCUUGAUAUGUUAGUGGGCCUCAUCCAAAACGAGCAAAAUAUGGCAGAUGCAGAUGUCAACACGUGUGAUGUUGAAGCACUCAAAAGCUGCAUGCAAAAAAACAAGGAUGCUGAGACUCAUCUUCAUCAUGUGGUUCAACUCAAAUUAGAGGAUGUCACAUUUGCCAUCCAGGGUUUUAUAAGUGAGCACGCUCACUUGUUGAGUCCAUCUCAGAGCAGCAGCCUCCUCAAGUGCCUCAGCAGCACUCAGAGAGCCUUCAGGGACCACGCGGAGCAACUUGUUGCCACAAGGUGUACCUUAGAUGUCCUACUGGACACCAAGGAGAGGGAAGUCCAGAAGAAGUGCAUGUUGGAAAGGCACCAAGAGAUUGCAGACAAGUUAGAGGAAGUGUGCGACGCUCUCACUUUGACUGAGAAUCGUCUGAUUGGUCACCAACAGCAGGCUAACAAUGCGGACUGUGUUACAGACCUGCAGCAGUACCAGCAGGAGCAUCAGGCCUUGCAAAAAGAGGCCUUGACAAACGCCACUGCAUUGAAUGAGGUAAUCACCGGUACUAAAAAGUUUUUGGAGGAAAAUCGAGGAAAGCUGACGGCGGAGCAAAUUGCUGACAUUGAGACCAAGUUGGAAGAAGCGAAAAGUAAAGCCAAGCUUAUCCAAAAGCAAGCUGAGGAGUCCAGGAAGGACUUAGAGAAGGUUGUUACUACUGCAAUAAAACAGGAGAGUGAAAAGGCUGCAGCUGUUGAGCGUCUUGAGGAAAGCAAGAACAAAAUAGAAGGUCUACUUCAGUGGAUCUCAAACAUUGGGGAUAAAAACGAACGAACUAUUGAUGAAACAGACCUCAUAAGCAAAGAGAAUGGAAACCUGCCAGAGGAAACAUUAGACAAGUUACGGAAAGGAGAGAAGGGUGACGCGAAUGGAAACACCUUGCAUCGAAGUGAAAGUGGUUUUGACGGGCAAAGCGACGCCUGCGUGGAUGUUGACAAGCAAUAUGAACGAGUCAAGGCUCGCCAUCAGGAGAUUCUUUCCCAGCAACAGGAUUUGAUCAUGGCCACUCAGUCGGCCCAAGCUCUUCUGGACAAGCAAACCAAUGUUCUGUCGCCACAAGAAAAGGAAAAACUGCAAGAGAACAUCCUAGAACUGAAGGGGCGCUACGAUGCCUCCCUCUCCAUAGCUGAGCAGCAGAUGAAGCAGGUGCAGUGUGUCCAGGAGGAGCUAAAGAAGUUCCAUGAUGAUUGCAAAGAGUUUGAAGCCUGGUUAACGCAGGCUGAGGGCGAGGUGGAGCAGUUGGGCGCCUCAGCGGGCUCCCUAAAAAUCCUGAAUGAUAAACUCCUACGACAGAAGAGCUUUUCGGAGGAUGUCAUCUCUCACAAGGGCGACCUUCGUUUUAUCACCAUUUCGGGCCAGAAGGUUCUGGAUGUGGCCAAAGCAUGUGGAGUCACUGACCCAAUGUCUAAAACUGGCCUGAUGCAAGUGGAUACUUCAGGAACCUGUUCUGUUGUCAAGGAUAAACUGGAUUCUGCAGCCAGUCGAUAUAAGACACUUCACUCUCAGUGCCACCGUCUUGGCGAAAAUCUCACCGAUGUUGUCGGCAAGUAUAAGAACUAUGACGACUCCAGCACGGACCUAUUAAAGUGGCUUGGGAGUUCUGAAGAGGAGGCGAGGAAGCAGCAGUCAGAAGCCAUCGCCGCUGAGCCACAAAUUCUGCAGAUACAGCUGGAGGACACCAAGGCUUUACAAGGUCAGAUGAGCGGACAUCAGACGGCUAUUGACGCCCUACGCAAAACAGCAGAUUCUUUGAUCUCAUCUGAUGGAAACCUGCUGAACAACUUAGAUGAGAUCCAGGAGACAGUAGAUGACAUAGUGGAGCGCUAUGACAACUUGUCCAAGUCCGUGAGUGAUCGAAAUGAGAAACUGCAGAUGACUUUGACUCGCUCCAUGAGUGUUCAGGAUGGACUGGAUGAGAUGAUGGGAUGGAUGGAGGGCGUGGAGGCCAACGUGAAAGAGAAUGGAAAAAUUCCACUAGACUCUGCAUCCAUCAGAGACAUGUUGAGCAAAGAAACAGCCAUCGAGCAGGACAUAGCAAGUCGCCAGAGCAGCAUCUCAGCCAUGAAAUCUAAAGUGAAGAAGUUUGUGGAAACGGCCGACGCCUCCUCUGCGGCACUCCUGCAGUCCAAGAUGGAUGCCCUCACCCACCGCUUCUCAGACACGUGUGACAAACACAAGCAGAAAGUUUCACGUCUGGAACAACUGAAAGACAAGGUGGAGCAGUUUGAGAAGGUCGCAGAAAACGUCCAGCAGUUCAUUGUGAAGCGUUCGCAAGAUCUGCAUGAGACUGACGGGCCAGGGAAAACCUUUGAAGAACUCUCUGAGCUAACGCAGAAAACAAAGGCUGAGAUGGUUGAACAUGCCAGUAAUUUGGAGAAGUUGCAGACCUUGUCCAAGGAGCUGUGUGAAAUGAGCAAAGAUGGUAACAGAGCACAGAUCCAGAGCAAAAUGGACAAUCUCUCAAACAUCUUCAGCACCUUCAAAGACACGCUCAAAGAAAAGGAGGAGGAGGUAUCAGUCUGUCAGGACCUGUUAGGAGAAUUCAGGUCUGCGGCCGGUGCUCUCAGCAAGUGGCUGGAAGAGACUAAUGAGAAGGUGCCUGUGGUGCAGAAAAGUUGCAGCGCUAAAAGUUUGGAGAAGGACCUCCAAAUAGUUUCUGAAUUACUGGAAGAAUGGACAUCGAAAGGCCCUGCUGUGCAGGACCUGAACAGCAGAGGAUCUUCACUUUGCAGUCGCCUUACUAUUCUCACAUCCCCUGCCAAAGCCAAGAUUCCUAACAAGACAGCUCUUACUAAUGGUGGUGGUCCAGCGAGCCAUUCCUACCUAACCAAUAAAGAGCUGAUGACAAUUCAGCAAAAUAUGUCAUUCGUCAAUGAGGGCUAUUCCUGUCUGGGUGACACCCUGAAGAGCCGAACAGCCGAGCUGAAUGGAUCUGUGCAGGAGCUCAAGGAUGCCAAAAAGGAGACCGAAAACAUGAUGACCUGGCUGGAGGAUAUGAAAAAGACGGCAGCUUCGUGGAAGAACGGCGCCACAGAGAAAGAUGCAGUGAAAACACAACUUGAACAGCAGAAGGUGUUUGAAGAUGACAUGAAGCAGAAGAAAGAGCAGCUCCACAAGCUGAGGGAGAAGCUUAUCGGCUUGAUUGAAACUCAUCCAAACUCACAAGAAGCAGACAAAUGGAAGCAGAUGUUGGCAGAGAUCGAUGCUGCUUGGGCAGAUAUUAGUGGCUCAGUGUUGGAGAGGAAGCAGCACCUGGAGCAGUCCAACAAGAAUCUGGACAUCGUCCAAAGCACUCAACUGCAGCUUGGUCAGUGGCUGUCAGAGAAGGAGCUGAUGAUGAGUGUCCUUGGACCGCUCUCAAUUGACACCAAUAUGCUGAAAAUGCAGAAGCAACAAGUCCAGAUCCUCCAGAAUGAAUUCAAGAGCCGCAAGCCUCAGUUCGAGCAACUCAAGGAAGCUGCGUCAGCCAUCUUAAACUCAUCCGAUAACCAGGACCCAUCAAAUGGGAAGCUGGUGAGGGCGCAGCUCACUACUGUCACUGAAAAAUGGCAAGGACUUAUAAGGCAGCUGGAUCAGCGAGAUGGCCUCAUCGACCAAGCUGUGGUGAAGACGGGGCAGUUCCAAGAGCUGUUGAGGACCAUCGGCCAGACCGCUGCUCAGCUGGAGGAUGAGCUCAGCAGGUACCAGACCAGCAGCACCCAGCCCGACGCGGUGAGGAAACGACUGGAGGAUGUCCACAACAUCUCGGUCCAGCUGAGAGAGGAGAGGGGGAAGCUGAAGGAGGCCGAAGCAGUUCAUGCAGAGCUCACAGCAAUGGUGACCGAGGACUAUCUCAGAGCUGACUUAGACAGGCAGCUGGAGACUGUUAGCAAACCUCUCCGACAGCUGGAAGAAAGAGCAGCCAAACAGAUUGAGCAGCUGAACUCAACUUUCGCCAGCUCCCAGCAGUUUCACCAAACUUCCAAAGACUUCCAGUCAUGGCUGGCUGAAAAGCUGCAGGACCAGUCAAAGCCUCAGGCCAUCUCUGCCAAAGUGGUCGUCCUUGAAAAAACUCUGGAUGAGCACAGGAACCUGCAGGUGGCGCUCAGUGAACUAGAGGCCACUUACAGUAAAAUAGCUGGCGAAGGCGAGAUGCUUCUGCAAAGCACUGAUGGUGCAGAAAAGCUGGCCCUGCAAGGUCAACUAUCUCUCCUCUCCUCGAACUGGAAGGAGGUGAAGAAGAGCUCUGAGGCACAGGCUGACAAACUUAAAGCUUCCCUUCAGAGAGCUCAGACGUUCGAGGAGCACGUUGAGAAGCUCAACGCUUGGGUGAAGGAGUGCGAAGCCAAAGAGGGCCGAGUCAAACUUUCUGUUGAGCCCGUUGCUGUGGAGAACGCUGUAUCUCAGGUCAAAGCUCUUCAGAAGGACGUAGAUAAGCACAGAGGGGUGGUGGAACAGAUGAAUGCUGCCGCAGCCAGCCUGGUCGAGGUGGCUGACACUGACACGGAAGAAAUUACAAAAGAGGCGGCGAGCAUUUCUAAAAGAGUGGAUGGCAUCUUUGAAGGACUUCAAAACAAAAGAGAAUCCUUGGAAAAGCUCUCACAUACAAUUAAAGAAUUUAACGAAGGCUCCAAAGAGGCCAAGGCUCAUCUUGAGGGAGCUAAGAAGCUCUUAGAAGCUUAUCAAUCCCAGGGAGUGCAGGCCUGCAGCAAUAAGAACUUGACAAACAUGAAAGCACAACAAAAAAGCAUUGAAGGGAUGCGAAACCAAGUGGAACACCUUUCGAGAUUGGCACAGACACUUGUAGUUGAUCUCCCAGAUGCUGAUGGAGUGACUGACUUAUUACUGCAAGCGGACAGCAUAGAAAAGGAAUACAGUAGCCUGAACAAGGAGCUAGAGGAGACAUGCCAGGUCCUGGAGGGAAAAUUGCAGGGCAUUGGGCAGUUCCAAAACAGCAUCCGGGAGAUGUUCAGCCGCUUCACAGAUCUGGAUGAUGAGUUGGACAGCAUGCCUCCGGUGGAUCUGGACUUGACUGUUCUUAAAGGGCAGCAAGAGAACAUUGAGAGCUUUCUUGCUCAGCUGCAAGAGUUGAUGGUCAACACAGCCAAUGCAGGCGAUGGCUGUAAGAGGAUGCUGGAAACUAACUCCUCACCUGACCUGUUGGGCCUGAAGAGAGAUCUGGAUGCGCUGAGCAAGCAGUGUGGCAAGUUGAUGGACCGAGCCAAAGGCAGAGAGAGGCAGGUGCAGAGUACUUUGGUCAAGCUGGAGGAGCUCUGUGGAAAACUCCGCCACGUAGAAGAUCAACUCUGCAGAGCUGUGGACAAAGAAGCGUCCCAAGGAGCUGUCGGCAUGGAAACAGACAUCAUCAAGCAACAGCUGGAGGCCUUUAAGGCUUUCCAAAAGGAAGACAUCGACCCAUUGCAGGCCCAACUCCAAGACAUCAACUCCAUCAGUCACGGGCUGAUCCAGAAUGCUGCUAGAGGAACCAAUACGAAGCAGCUUGAGAAUGACCUGGAGAAGGUUAACACCAAGUGGAACACACUUAAUAAAAAGAUUGCUGAGCGCUCAGCCCAGCUGCACGAAGCCCUGUUGCAUUGUGGAAGGUUCCAUGAUGCUCUGGACUCUCUGCUCAGCUGGUUGACCGACACAGAGGAGCUCAUGGCCAAUCAGAAGCCGCCUUCUGCAGAAUUCAAAGUGGUCAAGGCACAGAUACAAGAGCAGAAACUCUUACAGAGGCUGUUGGAUGACCGUAAACCCACAGUGGAGCUGAUAAAAAACGAAGGGGGGAAGGUUGCAGAACUCGCAGAGUCCGUGGAUAAGGAAAAGGUUGCGAAAGAGAUGCAAUCCCUUGGGCAGAGGUGGGACACUCUGCUCAAGAAAGCUGAGAACAGGCACAAGCAACUGGAGAGCAUUUUGGUGGUGACUCAGCAAUUCCACGAGACCUUGGAACCUCUGAGCGACUGGCUUGCCGUCACAGAGAAGCGGCUCUCCAACUCAGAACCAAUUGGCACAGAAACGUCAAAGCUGGAAGAACAGCUCUCCAAUCAUAAAGCCAUAGAAGAGGAGAUUAUGAAUCACAGUAAAGACCUGUUUCAUGCGGUCAGUCUGGGUCAGAUGCUCAAAGCUGUGAGCUCAGUUGAUGACAAGGACUUUGUUCAGUCCAAGCUGGAUGCCGCGCAGGCCGCUUACAUCGAGCUGCAGGAGCGCUGCAGGAGGAAAGCCGAGUUGCUGCAGCAGGCCCUGGCCAACGCCCAGCUCUUUGGAGAGGAUGAGGUGGCGCUCAUGAACUGGCUCAGCGAGGCACACGCACGGUUGAGUGAGGUGUCCGUGGAGGACUACCGAGUAGACACACUUGAAAAGCAGAUGGCAGAACAACUGGCUCUACAAAGUGAUAUUGAAUUGAGGAAGAAGAAUGUUGAUCAAGCCCUCUUCAAUGGGAUGGAACUAUUGAAGCAAACAACAGGUGAUGAGGUUGUUGUUAUCCAAGGGAAAUUGGAUGGAAUAAAAACAAAAUAUGCUGAGAUCGCCUCCAUGAGUGAAAAUGUUUUGAACACACUGGAGUGUGUUUUGAGUCUUUCCACAAAGCUGCACCAUACACAUGAGGAUCUGAGCUCCUGGCUGGUGAAGGCAGAGGCGCACAUCAGUUCCUAUGUGUAUCAGGAGCCAAAUGGCGAACAGCUCACUCAAGCCCAAAACAUUCAACAGACCUUGCUAACAGAGACUAAAGACAAAAAAGCUGCAGUGGACAAGCUGAAUGAAUUGAGUGCUUCCCUCCUGGAUCUCAUUCCCUGGCACACCCGAGAAGGUCUUGACAAGCUGGUGACAGAGGACAAUGAGCGGUACAAAGCUGUCUGUGACAGCAUCACUCAGCAGGUCGACCGGAUCAAUGCUGACAUUCUCAAGUCACAGCAGUUUGAAGAGGCAGCAAAUUCUGAACUAGCGUGGCUUACGGAUGCUGAAAGCAAGCUACUCUCAAUCGGGGAGAUCAAAUUGGAGCAAGACCAAACUGCAGCCCAGAUACAAGCACAUAAGGUCUUUUCUAUGGAUAUCAUGAGGCACAAAGACUCUGUGGAUGCAAUAGUAAAAACGGGAAAAGCCAUCAUGAGCAGCAAAAAGCCAGAGGAAAAGGAACUAUUAAAGGCCAAGACCCAGACUCUUGUAGAGAAGUGUGGUGUGGUGAGUCAUCUCAACUCAGAGCGCUGUCUGCAGCUGGAAAGAGCCCAUUCUCUUGCAAGCCAGUUUUGGGAAACCUAUGAAGAGUUAUCACCAUGGCUUCAGGAAACCCUGAAGGCCUUUAACCAGUUGCCUCCGCCCGCCAUCGAGUACGAAACACUCAGGCAGCAACAAGAGGAACUCAGGCAAAUGCGAGAGCUGAUUGCCGAGCACAAACCACAUAUAGACAAGAUGAAUAAGACGGGACCUCAGUUACUGGAACUCAGUCCAAAGGAAGGGCUGCCCAUCAGGGAGAAGUACACAACGUCCGAACAGCUCUACACCAAACUGAAGACAGAUGUCAAACAGAGAGCUGCCGAGUUGGAUGAGGCCAUCUCCAAAUCCACUCAGUUCCAUGAUAAAAUCGACCCCAUGCUGGAAUCCCUGGAGCGGAUUGCCGAGCGCCUACGUCAGCCUCCCUCCAUUUCAGUGGAGGUGGACAAGAUCAAGGAGCAGAUAACAGAGAACAAAUGUGUCAGCGUGGACCUGGAGAAACUGCAGCCUUCCUAUGAGACCCUGAAGCAGCGAGGCGAAGAGAUGAUUGCACGGUCAGAGGAUCGAGAAUUAUCUGCCAAAGCUGUUCAAGACAAACUGGACCAUAUGGUGUUCCUAUGGACCGAUAUUCAAGUCUUACUGGAGGAGCGAGAGGCCAAGCUGUUGGAUGUGAUGGACCUCGCUGAAAGGUUCUGGUGCGACCACUGCGCUCUGAUCGCCACCAUCAAGGACAGCCAAGACCUGCUUAGGGAGCUGGAGGAGCCAGGAGUGGAUCCCUCAGUUGUCAAACAGCAGCAGGAGUUUGUUGAGGGUUUUAAAGAGGAGAUCGAUGGGCUUCAAGAGGAGCUGGAUUCAGUUAGAAAUCAGGGCUCUGAGCUCAUGACAGCAUGUGGAGAACCCGACAAGCCUGUGAUAAAGAAAAGCAUUGACGAGGUGAACUCGGCAUGGGAAAACCUCAACAAGACUUGGAAAGAUCGAGUCGAGAGGCUGGAGGAGGCCAUGCAGGGCGCGGUGCAAUUUCAGGAUGGCCUGCAGGGUAUGUUUGAUUGGGUGGAUAUCUUGGAGGGCAAAUUGGACUCCAUGUCCCCUGUGGGUACAGACCUUGAAACUGUCAAGCAGCAGAUUGCUGAGCUCAAGGAGUUCAAAGUCGAGGCAUACCAGCUGCAGAUCGAGAUGGAGCGCUUGAACCACCAAGCGGGGCUCCUGCUCAAGAAGGUAACAGAGGAGUCUGACCGCUGCACCAUCCAGGAGCCUAUGUACGAGCUAAAGAUGCUGUGGGGAAACCUGGAUGAGAAGAUCAUCAGCCGGCAGCACAAACUUGAGGGAGGCCUUCUGGCACUGGGACAGUUCCAGCAUGCACUGGACGAGCUGCUGGCCUGGAUGAACCACACCGAGGAGCUGCUCAAUGAGCAGAGAAAGGCAGGAGGAGACCCCAAGGCCAUUGAGAUUGAGCUGGCCAAGCAUCAUGUCCUCCAAAUUGACGUACUGGCUCACAAGUCAACAGUUGAAACGGUGAACAAAGCGGGGAAUGAGCUAGUGCAAUCCAGUGCCGGAGAGGAAGCCUCUUGCCUGAGGAGCAAACUGGAGGACCUUGACCAGCGCUGGAAGGCCAUCCUGGAGAAGACGGAGCAGAGGAAGCAGCAGUUGGAAAGCGCUCUGCUUCAGGCCCAGGGUUUCCAUGGUGAGGUGGAAGAUAUGCUGCAAUGGCUGAAAGACACCGAACGUCAGCUGCUGGCAUCAAAGGCUGUGGGAGGCUUACCAGACACAGCCCGCGAGCAGCUUAACGCCCAUCUGGAGUUGUGUUCUGCCUUUGGUGUGAAGGAGGAGCUGUACCGGGAGCUGAUGGCCAAAGGUCAACAGCUGCUCGCGAUGACACCCGAGGGUAACACGGAGCAAGACCUCGCCAACCUAAAAGACAAAUGGGAAUCAGCACAGGCUAAAGUUGCUGAGAGGAAGGUGAAACUGGAGGAGGCCUUGACGCUGGCCACGGAUUUCCACAACUCUCUGCAGGACUUCAUCAACUGGCUGACCCAAGCAGAGCAGAUGUUGAACAUGGUGUCUCCCGCCUCUCUGAUUCUGGAAACGAUCCAGUUUCAAAUUGAUGAGCAUAAGAUGUUCGUGACAGAGGUCAACUCUCACAGAGAUGACAUCAUCGAACUGGACAAAUCAGGCACGCAUCUGAAGUACUUCAGCCAGAAGCAGGACGUGGUUCUCAUUAAGAACCUGCUCCUCAGUGUGCAAGGUCGUUGGGAGAAGCUGGUGCAGCGAUCUGUGGAACGUGGUCGUGUUUUGGACGAUGCCAGGAAAAGAGCGAAACAGUUCCAUGAAAACUGGAGUAAACUGAUGGAGUGGUUGGAUGAAUCUGAGAAGACGCUGGACUCGGAGGUGGAAAUCGCCAAUGAGCCAGACAAACUCAAGAAGCAGUUGUCGCAACACAAGGAGUUCCAGAAGGCCUUGGGCAGUAAGCAUUCGGUGUAUGAUACCACCUCACGAACGGGAAGAGCCCUCAAGGACAAGACCUCACUUCAGGACGAUAAUCAGAAACUGGACGACAUGCUGAGUGAACUGAGGGACAAAUGGGACACUGUUUGUGGAAAGUCCAUAGAGAGGCAAAACAAGCUGGAGGAGGCACUGCUGUUCUCCGGCCAGUUCAAAGACGCUCUGCAGGCUCUCAUUGACUGGCUGUACAGGGUGGAGCCUCAGAUGGCUGAGGACCAGCCAGUUCAUGGAGACAUCGACCUGAUUUUGAACCUGAUAGACAACCACAAGGUUUUCCAGAAGGAGCUUGGAAAGAGGACGGUCAGCGUCCAGGCCCUCAAACGCUCGGCCAGAGAGCUGAUUGACAGCAGUCACGAUGACUCCUCCUGGGUCAAAGUUCAGAUGCAGGAGCUGAGCACUCGCUGGGAGACCGUAUGCAACCUCUCGGUGUCCAAGCAGGCGCGUCUGGAGCAGGCCUUGUGCCAGGCUGAGGAGUUUCACUCCACCGUUCACAUCCUGCUGGACUGGCUGGCCGAGGCCGAGCAGAGUUUGCGUUUCCACGGCAGCCUACCUGAUGAUGAAGAGGCUCUACGUGCACUUAUUGACCAGCACAAGGAGUUCAUGAAGAAACUGGAAGAAAAGCGUGUUGCUCUCAAUAAAGCCAUUAGUCUGGGCGAGGCUAUUCUGAGUAUCUGUCAUCCCGACUCCAUUACAACCAUCAAACACUGGAACACGAUCAUUAAAGCCCGGUUUGAAGAGGUGCAAGCCUGGGCCAGGCAGCACCAGCAGCGACUGGCCGCAGCCCUCAGCGAGUUCUUAGCCACUCAGGAACUGCUGGAAAACCUUCUGACUUGGCUGCAAUGGGCCGAGUCGAACCUGAGCGACAAAGACAAAGAAGUCCUACCACAGGAGAUCCAGGAGGUCAAAAGUCUCAUAGCAGAACACCAGGCUUUUAUGGAGGAAAUGACCAGGAAGCAACCAGAUGUUGACAAAAUCACAAAGACACACAAAAGGAAGGCUGCUCUGGAGCCUCAGAUCCACUCCCAGAUCCCUGUGCUGGACAAAGGAAGAGCUGGAAGAAAACGUUCUCCCACUCAAACCAUGUAUGCGUCAGCGACACAAGCACCCAUCGAAACCAAGAACCCGCGGGUCAACCAGCUGGUCAGUAAGUGGCAGCACGUGUGGCUGCUGGCUCUGGACAGGAGAAGGAAACUCAAUGAUGCUUUGGACAGAUUGGAGGAGUUGAAAGAGUUUGCCAACUUUGACUUUGACGUUUGGCGGAAGCGCUACAUGCGCUGGAUGAACCACAAAAAGUCUCGCGUCAUGGACUUCUUCCGGCGCAUUGACAAAGAUCAGGAUGGCAAAGUCACAAGGCAGGAGUUCAUCGAGGGCAUCCUGUCCUCCAAAUUCCCCACAAGUCGACUGGAGAUGAGCGCUGUGGCAGACAUAUUUGACCGGGACGGUGACGGCUACAUCGAUUACUACGAGUUUGUUGCUGCUCUUCAUCCCAACAAGGACGCCUACAAACCUCUGACAGAUGCCGACAAGAUCGAAGAUGAGGUGACACGUCAAGUGGCCAAAUGCAAAUGUCCAAAACGGUUUCAAGUGGAGCAAAUUGGUGCCAACAAGUACAGGUUUUACCUUGGAAACCAGUUUGGAGAUUCCCAGCAGCUGCGUCUGGUGCGCAUCCUGCGCAGCACCGUCAUGGUGCGAGUGGGUGGGGGCUGGAUGGCGCUGGAUGAGUUCCUGGUGAAGAACGACCCCUGUCGAGCCAAAGGCCGGACCAACAUGGAGCUGCGAGAGAAGUUCAUGGUCCCCGAGGGCACCACGCAGGUGAUGGCCAGCUUCCGUUACCGGGGCAGACGCUCUCGGCCCUCGUCGAGGGCGGCGUCGCCCAACAGGUCCAUGUCAAGCCAAAGUUGCAUCAUCCCAUCCAACCCGGCCGUGAACAGCACUCCCAAGACGUGCCAACACAUAAGCCGCAAUUAUGAUAAGCCAUGGCUUACAAACAGCAAACCCUCCACUCCAAUUAAAUCAUCCGACUCCUUCGGGAGCCCAGGUUCAUCCUCAGAGACAACACCAGUUCAGGGCAGUAAGUUGCGUCUUCCAGGCUACUUGUCGGGAAAAGGAUUUCAGUCAAGCGAUGAGGGAACAUUGAUCAACGCCGCCGUACUGAAAGCUCGGGGUCAGGUGCUCGGCGAAUCGAGGCGAAGCUCGAGCCGACCUGGAAGCAAAGCGGGAAGCAGAGGCAGCAGUCGUAGAGGCAGCGACGCCUCAGACUUCGACAUCUCAGACAUCCAGUCGGUGUGCUCGGAUGCAUCGGAGACGGUCGGGGACGGGGCGCGGACCACCCCGCGUUUGGUGUCUCGCCAACACGGAGGGAAGCCCUCCAAGAUCCCCACACCUCAGAGAAGAAGCACUCCCACGAGCAAACUUGCCAAGGGAUCCAAGCGAUAGAACAAAUGAACGCCACAAACACUGGAAUUAUCGAAGACUGCAAAUGUGCUGAGUGUUAUUUAAAUUGUUGCUGAGUUGUAAAAUAUUCCUUUUGAGAGGCAAGAUGAUUGUGUAGUAUGCGUGGAUGCGAUGGUGAUGGCCUUGUGUAUUUGUUUUUAAUGUAUUUUAAUUUUUUGUGAAAUUGUCAAAUGCUUUUUUGUUUUGUUUUGUUUUUUCUACUGUAUUUUAUUUGAUGGAGCCUGUCACGGUCUCUUGGAAAUAGCGCUCGGGAGAAGUUACUGAAUGUCCUUUGGUCACAUAUGUGCUCUGGACUUUGGAGUAGCUUCACGCCACUGUGUGUGUGCGUGCGUGUGUGUGUGUGCGUGUGUGCGUGUGCGUGUGUGUGUGUGUGUGUGUGUGUGUGUGUGUGUGUGUGUGUGUGUGGCACCGCAAAUAUGUAUUUAUUAAAGUGCUAACAAUGUACUUUCAAGGGCAAUGCAAUAUAACUAUAUGGUAAGCACUGCGGAAACCUUUAACAACACUACAAGUAGCAGACACCUUGCAGUCACAAAGUCCUCUGUUUGCAGACGACUUCGCAGCAACAUGUGAGCCCCACCGCGUUGACGUUCUGUGUAGGCACGUCGCUUCAUUUCAGUUGUUACUAUAGCGUUAUUACUUUGUAAUAAACCGUGCUUGCACAAAGCUAACAGAAACUGACUUAGACCUCCUGAGCAUUGUGAGUCCUCCUUCGUGUUCCCUUUAAAGUCUUUUUUUUUAAUACUCUCAUGUGCAAGAGUGAGGUUCAGGGUGCUUUUGAGCUCAAGUGUUUGAAAGAUUGAUGCAUGUUGCAAAUAUUUCACUCAGAUUCUUACAUGAUCUAAGAAUGCUUUAAACAUC